AUGAUCAGCAGGAUUUUCAUCGCUUGCCUGUUUCUCGGGAUGUACAGUACGGGCUCUUUGCUAGGUUGCAAAUGGAUUGUAAAUGAUCGAGACGAAAUAAAAGAUCAAUUCCAUGUGUACAACAAGAGAGCUUUGGGUUUCCUUGAUAUGAUGAUUACUAACACCACUAAGGAUGCUGAAAUUGAGCACACAGUGGCUUUCCCUAAUGAACUGUAUCACCAGAAGUCCAAUGCAACAGAUGAGGAUAAACUGGCUUUGAUAGUUCAGAUUCUGAAGGAGCUGUUUGCCCUGUUUGAGGAGCAUCGCAGCUCUGCACCAUGGGAGGAGAACACAGUGGAGAACUUUCUCAGUAUUGUCGACAAAAUGGCUGAAGAGCUUAACUCCUGUGUUGGAAGCCACAGCAACACGACACAGCUGUCGCAUUUCACGAGUCUCUCAAAUGAAACCCUAAAGGCCAAUGGUUACAGUGCUGAAGCCUGGGAGACGAUCAGGAACAUAACAAAAGAACAUCUGAGGCGAUGCGGAUCUCUGGUUGAGUCUCUGGGAAAUGCCCACUAA